CAAAAAUCAAAUUCAAUACUACCAAUUGCCAAUUCCAAUGUAGGCCAUUGGGAAUUUGGCAUCAUCAUUGAGAAAGUGUCGAGCUACGGCAUACGCAGCCAGAUCCAAAUGUCCAUCCGGAGAAAAUGUAUGUAUUUUUGCACAUUUCUAGGGAACAUUUAAAUCAAUUUUUUUAGUAUUAUUCUUCCAAGGUACAGUACAUAGGAAAGUGCACAAAAGGUCCAUAAUCGAGUAUAAGUUUUGAUUUUUUCAAAAGAAAAAAUCCAAUUUGCCCGGCUUAUUCAUGGCCGAAAGCAUCUUUACUAUGGAGUAUGGACCACCCUGCAAGUAAUUAUACCAAAACCGUAAUAAUAACUUUAAUGUGAGCUGUAAACUUCCAGUAACUGCGUCAUUAACAAGCUGAUCGAGCUUCUCCAGUCUGGAGUUUGAGCUGAGGUAAAUUAUAAACCCUUUUAUCCACUUAAUUAUUACGGCCUUUAUAAUAUUCGUUCUUCUAUGUUACCGUCUCAGUUCACACCACAAUUUCCAUUUCAAGCAAAAGAACCAAAAUUUUCCGUCAUUCUUUGGUUCCUUAUGUAUAUAAAUUAUACAAAUGUCCGAAUUUCUUAGGAUGGAAUUGGAUCUUUUGUUCAUCCUUUAUGGGUCUCUCUUGAUGUCUUCCACCAUGAACGCAGCCACUGGUGACUGCUGGUGAACAACUCAUGUCUUAGAACUAGUGGUUGGCUGUUGCAGUCCAAGAAUCGGGUCAAUCCAUCAUGUCUGAACAUUUUGCAUAUACACGUAAUAACUCUGCUGGGAAUUCUAGGCAGUCGAUGCACUCUUAUCAUUCUGAUUGGAUGUCUCAUUGGACACAAAGAAACAAGGAAAGUGAUCGUGUUUCCAUAGAUUAUCCAUCGACUAGUGGGAAAGAGACUGCUUCCAAUGCCUGCAGCCCAGCUAGAGGACCUGCAGGCAUCUCACCUGGAUGUUCAAAAAUGAAAAUUAAAGGUUUAAGAAAGAGUUCACCAAUAGCAGGAAAGGGAACAAGAACGAUUCUACCAGUGCCAAUGGGUGAUUCAAAUUCAAAUGGUGAAAGUACGUCAAAUACAAGGGACAGGCAUGCAGCCAGUGACUUAGGGGCUUUAAGAGCUCACCACAAUAAACACAACCUUGAUUUUAAUUCAACUGCACUUUCUCUGAAGUGCUACACGGCCACCCCUCUCGCGGUGGUUCCUGAUGCUAAUCGGAAUCCAUCUAAAGAUGGUCAUUUUGAAGCAGAAGGCACAUCAGAUAACACUAAAGAACAUGUGAAAACUUAUCCGUUUCUUGGAAACAGCAGCUAUACCCUUCUGAGGCCUUUGUCUAAGGAUCUUAAUGUUUCAUCUACUGAAAUGAUGCAGCACAGAUCUGAUAAGAUGAAUGAGCUAUUACCGUUUUUUCCGUCACGAGUGGGUAGGCCUGCUUUGGCUCCUGAAGAACAUUUGCCAGUGACAAAUCCAAGUUCUCUAGAUAGUGUAAGAAUGAAUUUCCAAAGACAUUCAACAUUUCUGGCCCGUGAUGAUAAGCUAGAAUGCCAUUCAAAAGCUGGUAGGUGUUUGCCAUCAAAUCAGCAACAAAAAAAUGCAUCCUUGUCUGAGACAGAACCCUGUAAAUUCAACAGCCGCUUGCCAGAAGCUAGUCAACAUAAAUUUCAGGAGAAACAUAAUGCUUCUGGUAUUAGAAUCUUCUGGAAUCAGUCUCAUCAUUCUGUGGUUGCUGAAUCAGGAAAUUUAUAUAAUGCGUGUAGCUCAUCACCUAAAUUUCCAAACUCACUUCAGGAUCUGGAGAGCAUGAGAAUUUGCGGAACCACCCUGGACUCAGGGGUUGGACUACCUGAAAUUCAACCCAGGUUUUCUCUGAAAAGUGCAAUGGGGGCAGAUUUUGACUCGUAUAGGUUAAAGGCGUCGCUAAGAAAUUUAAGGGAAUCGGCUGGAUUUAGUAGAAAUGCGUUCCUUCAGCUUUGUGGCAUGCCUUGUCUGGGUACUGGUCGACGAGGGGUUAAGAUUGAAUCUUUGGGCAGCUCCUCGGAUAGUGAAGGAAAAGAAAAGGUAGAUCAUUCUGGUAAAUCAAAUGAUGUUGAACUUGAGAAGGCUUUUGACGAUUCAGUGAGUUGCAAAGGGAAACAGGUUAGGGAUGAUUGUGAUCAGAAGAAUGAAUCUUCUGCUGAAACGGACACCAUGGAUCUUGAUGAUUUUAGUGAGAAGAAGCCAUCAGGUAUUAUUUUCUCUUCUUUUUUUAUUUCUGAUUUGUGUGAUGCAUUCUGUGACUUGUUGAUGCUUUUGUAUGCUUUUAUCAAAAGUCAAAACAUUCUGAUUCUUCUCAAGCUUUCAUUAUGCGCCACCCAUGUUAAUUACAAAGUUUGUUUCUGAUUUUUUGGCAGGCAUCAAUUCUUCUGGAGCCAGUGAGGUACUGUUUCUAUGUAUUUGAGAUUUCAUUUGCCAAUGUUCCUAUCAGUGUGACACGAUGUAUCUUUUUGAGUGUUGGGCUUUUUGGCUUGAUUAACAAAGCCAGAGGGACCAAUGUUAAUACUUUAGUUGUAAGAACAAUAAGAAACCAGUGGUUAGUAAUUAUGCUGUGUUAAUUUGGUAUACGAACCAUUCGGAGAUAGCAGUGGUUAGCUAAUUUAAUGAAAAGAAAGAGAAAAAAGAGGGUUCCAUGCGCUUUGACAUUCAAUCAUAUUGGUUCUUUUGAAAAUGCCGAUGGAAGAGUGUUGUUUCUUGUUUGUUAUACAUAUAUGUUUCUGGCUUUCAACGAGGCUGCUUAUCCUUUCACCUGUUAUUAUUUCCUUUUCUGUCGCAAUCAAUUCAUUUUCUGCCUCCUUUUUGUUUUUUUUUUUUUUUUGUUUAACUAUUAAUCUGUAAUUCUCUAUGUUCUUGUCCAUCAUUUAGCUCUCAGUUGCGCAUGCCCCGAGUAGAACAUGACGUGAAGCUAAAUCUUGCUCUAUUGCAGUGUUGAAAAAAUAUUGGUAAUGAUCUUUUUAAUUAUCUGGUUUACACAGGUGCUCAAACUUGGAUUGGGGACAUCUCAGUUUUCUGUCGGCUCUACAAGCGAAUACAAGCAAAAGGACCACAAACAAUCUGCAAAAGAACUGCAAUUUCCUGGUUUACCAGCUCCAAAGAAUAAAGAUGCAAGCUCUUCAAGAACUCAAAGCCUGGACAUUGAGACAUUCUUUAGCCUCUGUAGAUCAGAUCAGUGCCAAGGUGGAUCUGCCGUGCUGGAACCAGGUAGCCGAUGGAUCAAGCGUCUUCGAUUGAGUGAUUCAGAACCCUGUCCUUUUGGUACAAAGCACUUGACUAUGGAGAAGUUGUCUUCUCAUGAAAAAGGAUCACCCAGGAAAAGUCUGAAAGGCCGUCUGUCUUGCUCUGAACCUACCAUUAGUGAACUUCAUGGUAAAGAAUUAAUGGUUUUAGACAUGACUAGAGGCCCAGUAAGAUGCACUGAUUCAUCUUCUGUGGACAAAACACAAAAAGAAGGUAGAUUGGCGCUGAAUUCGCAGUCUUGGAUACGGAGGUGGUCUCAAAAUCAGUCUGCAACUCAACAAAAGAAACCUGAAGGGUUAGUCAAUUGUGAGCCACAGAGAUCAAAACUGGCAUCUGAAGACCUUCAAGAGAGGCAACUCCCCAGUGUCGGUGCAAUGGCCUUGAUGGGGAAGGCCAUGCGUGGUUUCCAACCAUGUGACUUGCAGAAAAAGGGCCCGGUUAUAGUUUGGAAUACCAGGAACUCUAAGACGUAAUUCACGCACGGAUCCUCAACACAAAAAAUUGCAUUUUCCUUUCGUGGUCAUUUGGGAGGAUAUGGUAGAAUUCUACCUCUCCAAUGAAUAGAGCAAGUGCUUGUAGUGUUCGGCGCCUGUUUUUGUAGAAUAUAGGCCUUUUCGGGGUAUAUAGUUCGACGUGUCUGAUUCAGUACUUGGCAUGAGCAAUUUGAGUCACAUGCCUGGUUUGACAAGCAAAUUCCUUGAUCUAGUUUGAUGAACUAAUUGAGGAUUUUGGGAAUACCAUAAUUUAUUGUGUAAAGUCUAACGUCAGAUGUGGGUAUUCGUUUUUGUCAUCUCUCUUUAUACUAGUGAUGUCUGGUCGCGCAAUGCGCGACCCUGGCCCAAUCUAUCUGUAGAUCUUAGAAAUGUUUAUAUUUGAAAAAAAUAAAAUUUUGUAUUUGGAGCGAUAUAUUUUAGAAAUGUUUGAAGGAUUUAAAAAUGUUUUAUAAGUGUGAUCAUACAAA